UUAUUUCAUAUUGUCCAAUCAUAUGUCCUGUACCUGAAUUCACUUUGCUCCUUUAUAUUUUGUUGCUCUACUUUUCUCUCUCUCUCUUUUUCUUUCUUUUUCUUCUGUACACAUAUGCAGAACCAACAGAUAGAAGCUCACUUGGACUCAUUGCCUACAUUAAGUCAAGUCUUGGCCAGAAAAAGCCAACCACCUGUAUGUCUUUAUAACUAUUAUAUUGUCUUACGAGAUCGAUUGGCAUUGGAGACAUUACUUGAUUUUUGGCUUGAUGUAGCUCAAGCAGAAAUCCUUUAUAAUCGCUAUCUAAAACACUCAAAAAGAACAAGCCAACCAAAGCAAGCGUUUAGACCUAUAUCUCAAUACACAUCACUCGCUAUCUUGGCUCCUACUGAACCCAGAGUCUCGAUAGCCACCACAGUCAGUACUAAGAAGCCAGUGCCUACGCAUGCUGACCUGGUCGAGGCCAUGGAACGUAUUUAUGCUCGGUACUUGAUACCUCAUGCAGAAAAAGAAAUGGAACAACUUCCUUUCUCGAUCAAACAACCUAUUCAUCAAUACUACCAUCAAUGCGUACAAGACCAUGGUGAUGUGAUUGACAAUCCAAGCUUGAUUUAUGCAGAAGCCAAAGAGUAUGUCUAUCAAUUACUUCAAUCAACAUUUCCUCUCUUUUUGAGAUACAAGGUAUUGAUGAACAUGACAUUGCCUCAACAGAUAGGAAGAGUGGGAGUAGGUCUUUUUGUUUUACUUUUUGGGUUUUCAUUUGAAUUCUCCUUGAUUUUUCUCGAUAUAAGUCCAUGGCACAUACGCUUAUGGGUAAGUUUAUCCUAUCUGGUUGUCCUGACUGAUGCUGGAGUAUAUAGGGUACUAUACCUAUUUUUUGCAGUGUCUAUUGUUUAAUGACAUCGAUGACGGGCAUUGAUCCUGUAUGGUUGCUUGUAUUUCACUUGAGGUAAACUUGCUGUUGUCUUGAUAGGACUAACAUGAUUUUUUUAGUGAAACUGUACCCUUUCAGUUUAAUUUCGUUGUAGACACUCAAGUCAAGAAGAUCUUACAAAAGAGAUCCUUGAUGGUCUUGACACUUAUUUUGU